ACUGUUAGGAUCAAAAAGUCUGCGUACAUUUCCCCAUUCCCCUACAGAUUGUGUGAUAUUGCCUUCAAUCAGUGACCUUCAAUUACAAAAUAAUACACUGUAUCUGAAGCUCCUUUACCAUUGGCUCCUGGAGGACAGCUAUAUGAACUUUUUUUUUAGCAGUCGACCAUUUUUCUUUCCUUUGUUUUUUUUUUUUUUUUAUCAUUGUUUAUUUUAAACAUGGCUCUCAUGAUGUGAGUGUUGUGUUUCAGGACACUGGGAAAAACAAUGAGUGAAGUUACUGUUAAAUCCUUAAUGUAAUAGGAAAACUGAACUGGCUCCAGCAGAGCCAAAUAUGAUGUACUGGGUUACAUUUGAUAUCCUUCCGAAGUGCACCCUCCUCCCCCCAAAACAAACAAACAAAAAUGAGCAAACAAAAAAAAAAGAUGUAUUCCUUGUGUUCAUUCCACGUUAACAUCUGUCCUGUUGUCGUCACAUGUAGAUGCCCCACCAUGGCCCGUGUUAUACGCGUGUCUGUGACAGUGUGUACAAUUGCACACCCUUUAACUUUAAGAGGAGCAUUAUGUCAGGUUUUGAAUUACUGUAUUGACUCUACCGUAUAUCUUGUACGUGAUGUUACAUUAGUCGAAUGGAGCACAUUAAUCCUUGCAGCAAUCUUCCAUUUCUUUUAACAAAGACAUCUGAAGUCUCUUUUGAACUGUUGAACCUGUAAGACUGCAAGCGCUGCACUGCAGCAUCCUUCUAAUGUCAGCUCAGCCACUGUUUUUUCUGUAAGCAAACGACUGCAACAUGUCUGACUCUUUUACUGAUGUGCUCUGACUGUAUGUUUUAGUCCUUGAAUGUACUUUUUUUUUUUUUUUUUUUUAAGUUUUGAGUGUUUUACUUUCGGGCCAAAAAAGGUGAGUAUGCUCAUCCCAAAAGUGUUUUUUCAGUAAAUAUGGGAACAGGUUCUUGCACAAUUUCCCAUUUUUCUCAGCUUUUGCCUUUCCCCGUUCUAAUGUGUGGGUUUUUUUGUUUUGUUUUUUUCCUUUGUUAUUGUUGUGUUUUUGUUUUGUAGUUCCAACAAUGUGCCUGAGUUAAAUUACCAGCAGUCUUUUUAUUUUUGGUUUUGGUUCGGUUUUGUUUUCUUUGACUGUUUUAAGCAGAGCUCGAGAUCUCCAGAGGGGUAUACUACAAAGACAGUUUUAACACAGCCAGGCUUUCUUUGUGUUAGUGUCAUCUUAUUAGUACAUGCACAUUCCAGUAAAAAUGUGGAACUUCAUUCAGUGGUUUAUUAAGAUACAGCUUAACAACAUGCACAAAUGAAAUACAUUCCCCUAGCAUAGAAUCUACAUUGCGCUUAACACAUGCUGUAAGUGAAAAUGUGAGACUUCUGCUAAUUUUUAAUCUGAAACUCAGAACAUAACCUGCUCCUGUCCAGUAAUGGAGUCACAUUAGUGACACAAAACUCUGAGUUUAAGCUCAACAUAGUUUUCUAAACCACUAAUCUCACUUUGCAGUACACCCCUCAGGCAUGAAGCACCAUCCAGCAGGCUCUAAUCUUAAGAAUGUGACGUACAUAGACCUCUAAACUGUAAACAGUAAGUGCAGACCAGGCAGCUGAGAGAAAGGGUGUGCUUGUGUGUGUGAUUUAACACACACACACUAGUGUGUAUAUAAACUGGCAUGUGCUGAAUAUAUGUGUGACUGCUGGUCCUGUUUAAAGUAAAAGGCGUGACUUAAACUACAAUGAUUACGGUGCUGCUGAUGAUUUCAUUCUGAUGUUUUUGGCAUGUUGGUAAAGAAGGAAAGACUGCGUUUUUAAAAAGGGGAAAGUACGGGACAGUGCAGAAGUCAUGGUAACUGUCAGCUGAACUAGGACAAAGAGGGCUUUAGUAUUUUGCAGAGCUUAAUCUACUUCAUGAACAACAUCUGAUGGAAAUAAAUUAUCAUAUAAAUGCUUUCCAAAUAAACGGUAUGAUACAGAAUGAAAGUAGUGGAUUACAUUUCUGUUGUGGCAGAGAAAAGUCGUUCCCUGACCGGGAAUCGAACCCGGGCCGCGGCGGUGAGAGCGCCGAAUCCUAACCACUAGACCACCAGGGAUUGAAAGGGACCACGGUGUGACGUCAUAAAAUGUGUAAACGCAUUUAUGUUAAAAAAAAACAAAGGGGGGGAUGAUGUUCAUCCCAAAACUGUUUUUCAUACCUUGACUUUUAAACUUUGUAUUUAUUUUAUAAAAGUGAGAUUCAAAGAUAUUCAUUGAUAUCUGCAUUUGUUUUGUUUUGUUUUUUUAAUGCCAUGUUUAUACAACAAAAUUACAACACGGUGAUGAUUUCAGCAUCUCUUUAAUUGUGGGGAUUGCUUGCUGUUUACCACUAGGGGUAACGCUUUCCUUAUCAGAGUCGACCGGUAAUGAUUGUGUUCCCAGAAAUAGAUCUGCUUUCAGCAAAUACACAUGCAGUAAUUAAGCAUCAGGAACCAUUCUUAGGGGCUCUUUAAAGUUCACGACAUGUUGGAUCAACAGCUUAAUUUAAAAGGCACCUUUUGUCUCUUUGUCUAAGACUUUUUGUCUAUUUAUUACUUUUACUGUAAGUACCAUGUUCUGCUCAAAAACAUAUAAUUUGUUGCUUUUUGAUAUUUUAAGUGUUGUGGUUUUAAAUGCUGAUGAUGGAGCUCCAAGCCAGUUGUUUAAGGGUGAAGGAUAUAUUUAACGGGCCAGCAUAAACAUACAUGCGUAAUGAGAUGCUCUAAACAUCGCACUGGGAAAAGUCUUAAUAAUCAUCAUAAUCAUCAUCUGCACAAACGGGUAAUCCAAUUGAUGGCUAAAAGUCCUAUAACUGCUUUGACUGCUCUAAAUGGGUAACAUCACAUACAAACAGUAACGAGUCUUACUGUGUGUCACUGAGUUAAAACAGUGAUGAGUCGGUGUUUCCAUGAUCCCACAGCUCACACCUUGAAUUUAAACACUGAUGCCAAGUCUAAUGAGUAAUAUUGCCUGAACUGUUUGCUUACUUGUUCCAGGCUAAAAAGAAAAGUGUAAACGCAUUUAAAACAAUCCGGAUCGAGUGCAUAAAGUAACAUGAUAUUAAGUCCUAAUGGUCCAUACGAACAGAUUUGGCAGAGAAUGCGUACUGAAAACACAACUGGUCCAGAUUGACAUUUGGGUGGCUCUUACUGGUCCAGCCCUUAUUUUGAUGGUUAACUGGCUGAAAAUGCUUUUUAUGACAUCCCAACAAGAAACAUCCUCUUGCCUAAAUCAAGUUAUUGAACUGAGUAAGCAGAUUCCCAAGAACUGGCUCUACAAGGCGGUACUGCUGGGUGGUGAUCACUAGUUUAAUGUAGUCCAAAGUGCAAAGCUCUACAGAGACAUUUUCAAAAGAGGAUGUGAGUGCAGGGUUAACCGGAGGAGGAGGUGUAGCCUUCUGCCACUCCUGUUGUGUCUUGAAAUUGUCAGCUGUUGGCCUGUAAGCUUAUCGUUAACGAUGGGAGCCCCAUUCCAGCUGUACUAUCCUUCACGUCACACCUAAUAAUACACUGUGACAACAGGCAGUGGAACCGAUGGCAGGGGGGGCCUGACUGACUCACUGCAGGCUGACACAGGACUAUAUAUAAUGUCUGGGGGACAGACACACACACACAACAGAAUAACAACCAACAAAUCAAUUACACUGUCUGCGGGAUCAGAGCACCAACUCUAACAGCCAUGUCACAGCCAGGCGAGGUAAAAAAGAAGAAGCGCCCACCGAUGAAGGAAGAGGACCUCAAAGGAGCCCGCAGUAAACUGGGACUGAAGGGCGAGGUUAAGAGUAAGACCUAUGAGGUCAUGGUGGAGUGUGAACGCGCGGGCAAAGUUGCUCCAUCUGUGUUCAGUGGUGUGAGGACAGGAAAGGAGACCGUGCUUGACCAGCCCACAGCUGCCAAAGCUCCUGGAGCCAGUGUGUUCAGCAAGUGAAGCACACUGCAACCUGAAACCAAACAAAUAGCACAGGAUGAACAUGCACACUGUUGGCUUUGUGCUUCAGACUCAGAGACUUUUAAGUGUGUGCUUCUUCCUGCUUUAAUGAAAAAUGUAAGAAAGAUUAAUUGAAGACAGAUGAAUGUGGUUCAUUGCUAUGAUUAUAUAUUGUGAAAAAAAUGUUUGUUUUUUUUACUCGUGUUCAGCAUUUUCCUAAAUAAACUCUCACUGUGACAAGCAA